UUGGCUUUGAAUGGAGCGCCCUGAGAAAGCCAGAUGUUGUGAACAAAGGUCUAAAAAUAAUCUGUCCAGUGCUCAUUCAAGGGGAAUAUGUGCCUCGUGGGAACACGAGAUGGGAGAACCUGAUCUAUCUUUGAACAAGAAAGUUCAACAGCAGCUCCUGGCUCCUGAUUCUGGGCUCCCAAACUUUUUUUUGUUUUGUGUUUUUGCCUCCCAGAAGCUGCCCAGCAAAGAGCCGGUUGCUUCAGCAGUCAGUUCUCUCCCUCUCUCUGAUUCGUCUGGCUCCUUGAAAGCUGGGAUCCGUAUUUUUUUAUUUCUCAUCAGGAACAUGGACUCCAGCAGCAAUCGCCUGGUGCCCAAGCUGCAUUUCUGCAAAAAGAUCUUUGCUGCAGCCUUGUGUGUCUCAAUCUUACUCCCAGAAUCGGGCUUUGCAAAGAAUCUCUGGAAACGUGCUCUCCAUCUGAAACUGGCAGAGAAGUCUGAUGAUUAUGAGUACCCUCUUCAUUCUCACAGCGCCCACUACCAGAAGAAUGACCGCUGCCCCCCACCCCCGCAGACUUUACCAGAGCGAGCAUGUGAGGUGCCCAGCUGCCGUUCUGAUUCCGAAUGUGAAAGACACAAGCGUUGCUGUUACAAUGGGUGCAUCUAUGCCUGCUUAGAAUCAGUACAGCCACCUCCAGUUUUAGACUGGUUGGUGCAGCCAAAACCACGUUGGCUUGGAGGAAACGGCUGGUUGUUAGACGGACCAGAGGAAGUUUUACAAGCGGAGGCCUGCAGCACCACUGAGGAUGGGGAUGAGCCUUUGCAUUGCCCUACGGGAUAUGAAUGCCACAUCAUCAAUCCGGGCAACACAGCCGAAGGAAUCCCCAACAGGGGUCAGUGCAUCAAGCUACGUGGAAAUCCCGAUGGACGCAACCUAAGGCAUAAAUAUUACAAGGAGUAUUUUGGGAGUAAUUCCAAUAAUGUACUUGGCUAUGUGAAACAACAGCAGAAGCACUUAGGUUAACUGGGUGGGACCUAACAAUUAAGGAGCUUUUAAAGAAAGAAAUACCCAGUAGUUGUCUGAUUCAGAUGAACUGCAGCCCUCGGUCUCCAGAUACAGCUAUUCAGCAUCUUCUUGAUCUCUGCAAGUUGUUGAUUAAAGACCUGCCUGGUGCAAGAGCAGCUAUUCCAGAACUCAGCCCAGUGAAGAGGGGGAGAAAUCCAUUCCUUUGAUGGCAGCUGUAGUAUUUGAGCAGCACCUUUACAACUGAAACAGAUAACCAGUCUGAUCCACAAUUUCAUUUCAGAUCUGUAUCAGCACAGUACACACUAUAAUGCACACGAAGAGUCUGAUUUCGCUUACGUAGGUGUAGUUCAGGAGUGACACUGGUAUAAAAAUGGUGCACACGGGUUUAAAAUCAGGCCCUAGGUAUAUACAGCCUGCUUGAUGUUUCUAAUAUAUGUGUGCUGAAUCAAUGACUUUCAUACUGCACGUAUAUCAUAUUAACAGAACUCAGAGGUCUCUUACCUAAAAGGAAAUGAAUCAACUGGUAGUUUAUGAAUAGCAUAAAUGACUUUAAUAUGUUCAUUAAAGAAAAUGGGACAAAUUUGUCUCUGUUGUGUCACCAUUGAAAUCAGUGGAAGCUACACCAGGGAUGAAUUUGCCCCAGUGAACAACUAUCCUUUUAUGAUUUAGUCUACAAGGUGAUCUAUGUAUUCAACAGCAUGAGGCUGGAAAUGGCCUACCAUGGUGCUUUGUCUGAUAUUCCCUUAAGUACUACAGUAUAUGCAAAUGUUUAUUCUUCCCCUAGAGUUUGGAAUCCCUAUAUGGCAAAGGGGAAGUUGAAAAUACUGAGUGUUUCUUUCUGUUUAUUUUUUGACCAGCUAAAAUUGUCAGGUUUUGAAAAAUUUCAUUCCAGUGUUAAAAGAACAGGAGAAACUGAGGCCAGAAGGGACCAUCGUGAUCAUCUAGUCUGAUCUCCUGCACAUCGCAGGCCACAGAACCCCACCCACUCCUGAAAUAGACCCCUAAACUCUGGCUGAGUUACUGAAGUCCUCAAAUCAUCGUUUAAAGACUUCAAAUUACAGAGACUCUACCAUUUACUCUAGUUUAAGCCAGCAAGUGAUCCCUGCCCACGCUGCAGUGAAAGGAGAAAAAAAAAAAACCAACCAGGGUCUCUGCCAAUGAAAUUCCUUCCUGACCCUCCUCCCCCAAAAAACCCAGUGAAAAACAUGUACAAAACAUUUUACUAUUUUUAAAUCAGCUCUAGAGCUCAGUGCCCUCAACUCAUAUUGGUUUCAGUCAAUGUUAUGUGUUUUAAGGACCUUUCAGGAUCUAACACCUAGCCUCCGGUCUCAUUGAGCAAAACACUCGAGCACAUGCUUAACUCGAGGUGGGCAUUUUGCUUUGCAAUGCUAGUUAAGCUCAUGGCUGAGUACUUUGCUGGAUAGGAGCUGAAGAGCAGGAAUUUAAUCACUGCAAAAUGAAUCUAAAAAAACAAAAAGGUGGAAAACUGAUAAAAUAAGGUACUGCUGAAUGUUUGCUGUUUACUACAUGCUGUAGAAAAUCCAGCCUACCUAAUGGUGCUAGGGUGUUAAUUUUUCUUUUAAAGUUCUUUUAAAUUGUCAAACAGAGAAAAAAUCAGCCAGAGUGGAGAUCUGAAGGCUACAUUUCCAGUAUUAACAUUCAUACUACUUUUGACGACACCAUAUCUUGCAAGACAAAUUUUUCUGGGUUCUUACUGCUGCCCAGAAAACAAAUGGUUUUAAGGCAACACUGUAAAAGCUCAGUAGGAAAUUGGUAAUGUUAGCUUUUAAAUAUGUGUGUUUGGUAUAUUUUAAGGCUUGUCUGGUGCUACAAUAAACUUUUUGUGUAAUGUUAUAUGCUCACAGUGCUCAUGAGCUGCCAGAGUCUCAGCUGGUGUCAAUUGAUGCCUUCAAUGGAGCCGCUCUGACCUCCACUAUGUGAGAAUCUGGCCCAAUGACUCAUUCCAUACUAUCACUCAUGUUUUGCACUGCUUGUGAUUAGAAAUGUAGGUUCUCCUACCUUGGUGCUCAAUAAAAACAAAUCCAGUAUA